AUGUCUUUGGUAGUCUACACUCUGCUUAUCAUCCUCUGCAAUGUUUGGUGCUCGAUCCAUGGAGCUUCUGUGGUUGUCCCAGACAUGGCCGUGAGAUGUGCUGAAGAAGUGCUGCUGCCCUGUAAAGUUCUUCAUGACUCUUCGAUCGCCUACCAGACAGUGUCCUGGUAUAAAAUGGACAGAAAAGGCGAAGGAAUAACGUGGAAAAUCCUUGAAGUGGAACCUCACUAUCCAAACGAACAUGGGGGGUCCCUGGAGCUCUCCAAUGACACCUUGUUUUCACUGAGGAUCAAAAAUGCAACCAGCCAAAACAGUGGGACAUAUAAGUGCAUUUUGGAGGAGCAGAGUGGAAAACACAAUCUGAGCAGCACUGUCACAUUAGAAGUAUCAGGUUGCCCUGGAACAGAAGUUGAAAAAUUGAAAAAAUACAAAGCUGAGAUUUUCAUGCUGACUUGCCUUGGGAUUUUUUACUUGCUGCUCAUCUUUUUUACCUGUACAUGUCUAAGAAAAGACAACAUGUCUCCCAGUUAUCAAAAACCCAGACCAACUAUGAAACACAUGAUGACUCUCAUCAAUGUACAAGAAAUGACAACUUUCCAGGAUUUUAACAGUGACAACACUUGCAAAAAUGGACUUACUUUAAGUUCUGUCUAA